AUGGGGGUACUAGACAUGGACCGGACCAGAAGACAGUUUUUCCUAGACAAGCUUAAGAGUACAGGCAUUGUGAUAACAGUGAAAUCAAUUACAAAGUUAAAUACACUUCAACCAAGACCAAACACCCAAAUUCAAAAGUCUACAACUACAACCACCACACCUCCGACAACCACCACCACUAGUCCUCCGACAACAAAAACACCUCCGACUACCACCACCAGUCAUCCAACAACCAACACCACCAGUCCUCCGACAACAACCACUAGUCCUCCAACAACCACCACACCUCCAACAACCACCACACCUUCAACAACCACCAAAACCAGUCCUCCAACAACUACCACCGCUGGUCCUCAGACAACAACCACUAGUCCUCCAACAACCACCCCACCUCCAACAACCACCACACCCUCUCUUCCAACAACUACCACAACCAAUCCUCCGCCAACAACCACCACCAGUCCUCCGACAACCACUACAAGUCUUUCAACCACAACAACCAGCCCUCCAAUAACCACAACCACCAGUCCUCCAACAACCGCCAACAGUCCUCCAACAACCACCACCAUACCUCCAUCAACCACCACAUCUCCCACAACCACCAUCACCAUUCAUCCGUCAACCACCACCAGUUCUCCGACAACCACCACCAGUCCUCCAACAACCAGCACCAGUCCUCCGACAACCACCACCACUGGUCCGCCGACAACAACCACCAGUCCUCCAACGACGACCACCAUACCUCCAACAACCACCACACCUAAAAUAACCACCACCACCAGUCCUCCAACAACCACCACCACCGGUCCUCCGACAACCACCACCACCAGUCCCCCAACAACCACUACCAGUCCUCCAACAACCACCACCACUGGUCCUCCGACAACAACCACUAGUCCUCCAACAACCACCCCACCUCCAACAACCACCACACCUUCAACAACCACCACAACCAAUCCUCCGCCAACCACUAGCACUAGUCCUCCGACAACCACCACCAACCCUGCGACCUCCAACACCAUACCUUCGACAACCACCACCACGAGUCCCCCGACAACAACCACCACACCUCCAACAACCACCACCAGUCCUCCAACAACCACCACGACUAGUCCUCCGAUAACCAGUUCUCUGACAACCACCACUACCAGUCCUCCAACCACCACCACCCCCAAGCCUCCGACAACCACUACAAGUCUUUUAACCACCACAACCAGUUCUCCAACAACCACCACACUUCCAACAUUCACCACAAUCAGUCCUCCAACAAUGACCACCACCAGUCCUCCACCAACCACCAGCACAAGUCCUCCGACAACCACCACACCUCCAACAACCACCACCACCAUUCCUCCGACAAGCACCAGUUCUCUGCCAACCACCAGUACCAGUCCUCUGACAACCACCACCAUACCUCCAACAACCACCACUACUAGUCCUCCGACAACCAGUUCUCUGACCACCACCACCACCACCAAGCCUCCGACAACCACUACAAGUCCUUCAACCACUACAAACAGUCCUCCAACAACCACCACCAUACCUCCAACAAACACCACAACUAGUCCUCCAACAACUACCACCACCAGUCCUCCUCCAACCACCAUCACCAGUCUUCCGCCAACCACCAGCACCAGUCCUCCGACAACCACCACCACUAGUCCUCCGACAACAACAACCACCAGUCCCCCGACAACCACCACACCUCCAACAACCACCACCAGUCCUCCUACAACCAUCACUACUAGUCCUCCGACAACCAGUUCUCUGACAACCACCACUACCAGUCCUCCAACCACCACUACCACCAAGCCUCCGACAACCACUACAAGUCUUUUAACCACCACAACCAGUUCUCCAACAACCACCACACCUCCAACAUCCACCACAACCAGUCCUCCAACAACUACCACCACCAGUCCUCCACCAACCACCACAACGACCACCAGUCCUCCUCCAACCACCACACCUCCAAGAACCACCACCACCGUUCCUCCGACAACCACCACACCUCCGACAACCACCACCAGUCCUCCAACAAACACCACAACCAGUCCUCCGACAACUACCACCACCAGUCCUCCUCCAACCACCAGCACCAGUCUUCCACCAACCACCAGCACCAGUCCUCCGACAACCACCAUCAAACCUCUGACGUCCACCACCAAGCCUCCGACAACCACCACCACUAGUCCUCCGACAACAACGACCACCAGUCCUCCAACAACCACCACACCUCCAACAACCAUCACCACCACCAUUCCUCCGACAACCACCACACCUCUGACAACCACGACAACAACCACCAGUCCUCCAACAACCACCACCAUACCUACAACAACCACCACACCUCCAAUAACCACCACCACCAGUCCUCCAACAACCACCACCACCGGUCCUCCGACAACCACCACCACCAGUCCUUCAACAACCACUACCAGUCCUCCAACAACCACCACCACUGGUCCUCCGACAACAACCACCAGUCCUCCAACAACUAUCACCAAACCUCUGAUGUCCACCACAAUACCUCCGACAACCACCACCAUUGGUUCUCCGACAACAACCACCAGUCCUCCGACAACCACCACACCUCCAACAACCACCACCACUGUUCCUCCGACAACCACCACCAGUCUUCCAACAACCACCACUACUAGUCCUCCGACAACCAGUUCUCUGACAACCACCACUACCAGUCCUCCAACCACCACCACCAAGCAUCCGACAACCACUACAAGUCCUUCAACCACCACAACCAGUUUUCCAACAACCACCACACCUCCAGCAUCCACCACAACCAGUCCUCCAACAACUACCACCACCAGUCCUCCGCCAACCACCACCACCAGUCCUCCAACCACCAUACCUCCAUCAACCACCACACCUUUAACAACCACCACCACUAGUACUCCGACAACCACCACCACACCUUCGACAACAACCACUACCACUACACCUCCAACAACCACCACCACUACACCUUCAACAACCACCACCACUACACUUCCAACAACCACCACCACUACAUCUCCAACAACCACCACCACUACACCUUCAACAACCACCACCACUACACUUCCAACAACCACCACCAUUACACCUCCAACAACCACCACUACACCCCCUACAACCACCACCACUACACCUCCAACAACCACCACCACUACAACUCCAACAACCACCACCACUACACCUCCAACAACCACCACCACUACACCUCCAACAACCACCACUCCAACACCUCCAACAACCACUACCACUACACCUCCUACAACCACCACCACUACACCUUCAACAACCACCACCACUACACUUCCAACAACCACCACCACUACAUCUCCAACAACCACCACCACUACAUCUCCAACA